AUGGCAGACGCACUUUGCGGGCCUUCAAACGCCCUCCAGAACUUUCAGAAGCACACCACCGUCGACCGGACACUGCAGCAGGACCGCUUGAUCGGGAGGCAUUCUCCAGCGCAGGGCUUCAGAUCAUCUCCAGGACCAAAUGCAGGUGCUGUAGAUUCCGAAUUCGAUGCCUUUCAAGCAGGACGGCCUGGCCCGCCGCAAGACUUCCAACGUUUCCCUCCGCAAUUCGCCCCUCCCCCGCCGCAGCAUUUCGCACAAGCUCCCCAAGCUCCUGACUGGGCCAACGACUUUCAGAGCUUGAACAUCUCCAGUCCGCCUCCACAACUACUACAGCAGCAGCAGCAGCAACAGCGGGCGCAAGCGGCGAAUGCGGCGUCAGCAUGGCAUCAGGACUUCAUAAGGCAGCAAGCGCCCGUUGCUCAGUCUCCAGUGCUCCAACAGAACACAUAUGGCGCCAUGUCGGGGUAUGGCAUGGGCGGGUUUGCGGCCCAGCCUUUUAUGCAAACACCUGGCUUUCAAAAUGCGCAAGUUGCUCAAGGAAAGCAGCGCGCGCAAGACGCGGUGCCAGCAUUCGAUGAAGCAGCGUUCGAGAAUGCAUUUGCGCAGGCGCAGCAAGACAUGCUCGACGAAGCAGCAGCCGACCAGAGGCGCGCACAAGCAGCGCAAGCAAAUCCAGAAGUGCUAGGCUUGGACCGGCCAAGUGAGAUAGAUCCUCUCCUUAUGCGGAUACGAGAGACGCGGCCAGCUGUUUACUCAGCCAUCCAGGUCUGGAGCGAGACGGGGCUUGGGCGCACCGAGGAAGCCGUGUCGUAUCUUGACAAUAUGGAUCAAUUGGAACGGAGCGGCCACCUGGUUCAGGACGCGAACGAAGCGAAAUGGAUAGUCGACUCGCUGCAACGAAUAGUCAAUCGGGACGCACCACAGGAAGUGAAGACGCGCGCAGAGAAGCUCAUCACGGCAAUCAACCAGCGAUUGAUGUCACAGUAUCCGCUUGGCGCACGAGUGCCUAUGAACGAGGAGCAAAUAUGGAAAGAGCUAGAAACGGCAGGCUACAUGAGGACUCCCGAGCACGAGCGUGUAGAAGAAAAGACUGAAGAAAAGACUGAGCAAAGGGAAGAACAAACACCAAGGAAUGAUGAUGAUGAGAUGGCGGAAACCGCAGGACGCCUUUUGGAAAGAGUGGCCGACAACACGAGCGAAAAGUUUCAGAACUCCCAGUUCCUCGAACUUAUGCGCCGACUGCGAGACCGCGAAGUGCGAGUCCAAGAGGACAAAAUCGUUGAAGUCAACGACGCCGACUCGGCACCUUCACAAGCCAACGCAACAGCAUCUUUCACCUCAUACCCAUACACGCAAUCGCAGCAGCCACAAGAACCAGCAUCAACAACCCAGAUCCCCGGCGUCGAUCCUCAGAUCUUGGACUACGCAGCCACAGAUUUCGACAUGCCCAUCUACUCCGGUGAUGGCUCCGAACAGUAUGAUCACACCUCCUCUUCCACCCCCAGCGAACCUUUAAUAAUAACUGAUGAGAUCUCAGAUCAGUUCAGGACCUACAACGUUAACGCCUCUUACCACCGCUGA